AUGCAAAAGAACAAAGUUUUAUCGGAUGAUUUUCCUAAGGAAUUUACAUUAGAAGAGCAGAUAGGACAAGGAGCGUUUGGUACUGUACAUCUUGUCAUAGAUAAAUGUGGAAAAUAUGAACACAAAUUCGUCGCCAAAAGAAUUGACUUAAAGAAACAAGAAAAUAUUGUAAUCCGUAAACGUGAAGCAGAGAUACUUAUGAAGAUAAGACACAGGCGGAUCGUUCAAUUUCAUGGAUUUCAAUGUAAAACAAAUGAAAUUUUAAUUUUCUUGGAAUAUCUCACUAAAGGAACUCUUGCAUCAUUUAUUUCACGCAGUGGGAAACUUGGUGAACAGAUUACUCGACAUUUUACUAUUCAAAUUUUGGACGGUGUCGAUUACCUGCAUCAGAACAAAAUUCUUCAUAGGGAUAUCAAAGGUAACAACAUUUUAAUGGAAGACGACAUGAACAUCAAGAUAACAGAUUUUGGAAUUUCUGAAUUCAUUGAGGGCGAAGGAGUGUCAACAGAGAUAGGAACAGUUCGCUACAUGGCUCCAGAAGUUGUAUAUACUGAAGGUGGCAAGAUUAUAAACUACACCAGCAGAGCCGAUAUAUGGAGUGUUGGCUGCACUGUUAUAGAAAUGUUGACAGGAAAACCACCGAACUCUUCAGUUCCUACACCUCUUGCUAUUUUUAGAACUGCUACAAGUGAACCACCGCAUUAUCAGCUUCCUCCAUCAUCCUCUGUUUACUUACAAGAAUUUGUAGACAAAGUUUUACAGAGAGAAUCUAAUCAAAGACCAACAGCCGGCUGGCUAUUGAAAUACGAUCCGUUUAUACUUGGAGACCAUUGUAGAGAUGAUAAUCAGGGUCCCUUCAAUUGA